AUGCGUAGGGAUGGGGAAUGGGUGGUGGAGUCACCGGAGAAGGGUGGUGCAGUGGUGGUUCAUACGCAAUUAGCAAUGAUGAUCAAAGCUAUGAUGUUAUUCUUCCUCAUUAGUUUCAUAACAAUGUCUCAUACCAUAGCAUUUGAUGAUCAUGGCUAUGAUGAUCCUGGUUAUGUCAUGGUUGAUACUAAGCAUGAUGGUCAUGCAAAAGCUCCAGCUCCGGCUCCGGCUCCGGCUCCUCAUCAUCAUGGAAACCGUCAUCAUCAUCAUGAUAUGAAGAGUCACCAUGUAGCCCAUCCUCCUGCUUUCGCCCCACAUAGUCACACUUUUUCUAAGCCAGUAACACCCCCACAAGGUGCCAUUCAUCAUCAUGAUGGUCAUGAACAUGGUGGCCAUGCAAAAACUCCAGCUCCGGCUCCGGCUCCCCAUGGUCAUCAUGCUGAUCAUCAUCAUCAUCAUCAUCAUCAUCAUAUGAAGAUUCACCAUGGAGCACAUGCUCCUGUGAAACCUCCACAGGGUGUUCCUCAAGCUUCAUUGAAGUCUCUCUUUUCUUUCUUUAAUUUGGCCUAA